GAGAGGCAGAGGAGGUUGAAGCUAAAACACUAACCUCGAUUAGUCGAACAUGGCGGCACCUUCUUCUCUACAAGAGCAGGUACUGAUAGAAGAGAGGUCCUUCUCAAGAAUAUUGACAUUAAACAGGCCCAAACAACUCAAUGCUCUUUCAUUUGCAAUGCUUUCGCGGUUAUCAGAGUGUUUCUUCGCAUAUGAGGAGGAUCCUAAGGUCAAGAUCAUAAUACUGAAGGGAAAAGGAAGAGCAUUUUGUGCUGGUGGUGAUGUUGCAGCUGUGCUUCGUGAUGUAAAGGAAGGUGAUUGGAAAUCUGGUGCCAAAUACUUUUCAAAGGAAUUCUCUUUAAAUUAUUUGAUGGCAACAUACAAGAAACCCCAGGUUUCCAUUCUUAAUGGAAUUGUCAUGGGAGGUGGGAGUGGUCUUGCCACACAUGGUAGAUUUCGUGUUGCAACUGAGAACUCGGUUUUUGCAAUGCCUGAAACAGCUUUGGGACUUUUCCCAGAUAUAGGUGCCUCUUAUUUCUUGUCAAGACUCCCUGGAUUCUUUGGGGAAUAUGUUGGUCUCACUGGUGCAAGGUUGGAUGGUGCAGAAAUGCUUGCAUGCGGUCUUGCAACUCACUAUGUCCCUUCAACAAGAUUAGUUACAUUAGAAAAUGCACUCUGCAAUGUUGGUUCGGAUGACCCAUCCAUUGUUUCCUCAAUUAUUGACAAGUACUCUGAGCAACCCUAUUUGAAAGAGCAGAGUUCUUACAACCGGUUAGAUGUCAUUAAUAAAUGCUUCUCCCAGAGGACGAUUGAAGAAAUCAUAUCUGCUCUUUAUUCUCUGCCUGAUGUACUUUGUUGGUAUAUUAUCCACAAUCUGACGAAUGCUGCUAUGCGGGAGAGGGAGGUUACCGAUAGAAAGGAUAGAUGGAUCACUUCCACAAUUGAGACACUAAAGAAGGCUUCUCCAACAAGUCUAAAAAUUUCCAUUAGAUCAAUUAGAGAAGGGAGGCUCCAAGGUGUGGGUCAGUGCCUUAUCCGUGAGUAUAGAAUGGCUUGCCAUGUCUUGCGAGGUGAACUUUGCAAGGACUUUUUUGAGGGUUGCAGAGCUAUACUGAUAGAUAAGGAUAGAAACCCGAAGUGGGAACCAUCUAAAGUGGAGCUUGUCAAUGAGAGUCAGGUUGACCAGUACUUCUCCAAGGUGAAUGACAAAGAAUGGGAAGAUCUAAAGCUCCCUGCAAGGUCCACCAGCAUGCCAGCAUAUGCCUUUGCCAAGCUUUAGGCGUUCAUACUGCCAUGGAAUAGAAAUUGGAAAGCACUCCUGAAAAUUACUGUACCAAUAAAGUUCAUUUUUUUGGUACAUUUGAUUCUGGCUAUUCAACAGGAGCUUUACCUUUGUCAAAAUUGCUCUUCAUUUAUCUCAAGGUUUGGAUUUGGGACCUAUACAACUUAGAGUACCAGUUGAAACAUUCCACAGGUUCUUCCGAAUAAAGCUGUUCGACAGCA